UACAUCUAUAUAUAUAAAAGAGUGAUGGCAUCACGGCAGCGGACAAAACAACAAAAGUAAACACCCCACAACCUCAAAAAUUGACAGCACAACCCCUCAUCCAUGCCUCUAGGUUGAUACAACGGAAAAAAAGGAAAAAAAGUCCUAAUUAGAGGGAGAGGAAUAAUUGUUUUUAUCCAAUUGCUGCCAGUUAGAAGGCUAAGCUCCGCUCACUUGGUCACCUAGCAACCCACUCAGCCCAGGGGACCCUUUACCUUAACUAGCACCAAUUCCUCAAUACUUUAUUUCCCAUACCACCAUACUUCGCCACAGCAACGCGUGGUCGGGCACAGCUAGUAUUAUAUAAUAGUAUAGUGGUAUAGUUCAAUAUAGUAAUAUAUAAUGCUAAUAUUGUGUUAUGCUAAUAAUAUAAUAUAUUGUAUGUACAUACAGCUGCUCUGAGUCCCCUUCGGGGUGAGAAGGGUGGGAUAUAAAUGUAGUAAAUAAAUGCAGUAAAUAAAUAAUUAAUUUUAGACUUGGGCUCGGCCAAAGUCUGACAUGACUUGAAGGCACACAACAACAACAACAACAAUCCUAAUUAACUUGACUAUCUCAUUGGCCAGUAGCAGGCCCACACUUUCCAUGGAAAUCCUAAUAGGUUUAUGUUGGUUAAAAUUGUUUUCAUUUUUAAAUAUUGUAUUCUUUCGUUGUUGUUGUUGCACUACAAAUAAGACAUGUGCAGUAUGCAUAGGAAUUUGUUUGUAUUUUUUUUUUCAAAUGAUAAUUCGGCCCCUCAACAGUCUGAAGGAUUGUGGACCGGCCCUCUGCUUAAAAAGUUUGGGGACCCCUGCUCUAAGGCUUUGUUUUGUAACGAUCUUUUGGAACUUUACUUUUAUGCGUUAUUCUAAUAGAAGUGCUCUUUAAAAUCAAUUCCUAUGAAAAUAAAGGUGGCUAUUAGAAUAGCCAUCAAAAAAGGUUGAUUGGUUUGAAUCAUAAGAUCACCUCUGAAGUUCUCACGGACAGACCUAACCACUUCCCUGAUGAAGCAAACCACCGAAACCUCAACAGAGGGACCAUUAGCAAACUGUGUCCGCUGACUAUUGGUCAAGCCGUCCACAGAAGCCACAGGGCCAAGGAAACUCUUGAGCCAGGCCCCCCUGAGCCAUGGAAAGGUCAACCCCAGAGCAUAUAAGGCCCAAGAGGCUCCUUCUUUCCCAGAGAUCACUCGCCAUGGGCCGCUUUUGGGGAGCCUUCCUCCUGCUGCUGGGCCUGGCCGCUGCCGCCCCCUUGUCUCCCCCGAAAGACUUCCCGGAGGCUCUUGCGCAGGUGGUGGACAUCUACAACCAGGGUCCCAACGUCCGGAAUGCCUACCGACUCCUGGAAGCCAUGCUGCUGCCUGGACUGAACUCCAGCUCCGCAAGGCUUCAGCAGAUGAACUUUACCAUACAAGAGACGGUCUGCCCGACUUCAGAGAAAGUCAUGGCCGAAGAAUGCGAAUUCAAAGCCGAUGGGCUGGUGAAGGAUUGUUCCGGAUAUUUCUCCACGGAGCAGACAAACUCCCUGAUUGUCGUCACUUGUGAUGCGGCCGUGCAAGAUGAUCCCCAGAUGACCAGAUUCCGAGGGCUUGGACAUUUCUUCAAAGGAUUCGGACGAGGAUUUAUCUGGGGUCUCAACCACUAAUUCCAAAAAUGGGUUCCUGAAGAAUCAAAGCCAAAUGAUCCCAAAGAUCUGGGCGCUAAAGGAGGACGCAAAGCUCAGCUGCCCUCCUGCUUCAUUCACCUUUCCUUUUCUUUGUCUUUAUCUUCGCACCUGCCACAGAAUAUAAAUAUAAAGUAUUCCAAAAUGUU